CGCCAACACUCACGUGGGAGUUGGCGAUGGAGCGCUUGCCGCCAAGCACGUUUCCGACGCAGGACGAGGACGACCGCUGCAUGCGCUUGAGCAUGAGCGCUUCCGACGUCUACGUCGAGGCGCCGGCCAUGACGCAGGAGGUCCAUGUCUUCCCGCUGCGCCUGGGCACGGCCGAGGAGAGCGGGCUCCCCUUCUCCAUGGACGACGACGAGUACAUGACGCAGAUGACGGAGCGCUUGGCUGCCGCUCCAGCUGCUGAGGCCUCGCCGCCGACGGACGUGACGCAUCUGACCGACUCGACCAACCUUACGGACGUGACGCAUCUCACGGACGUCACCCACAUCUCGGAUGAGACGCAGCUCAUAGAGGACCCACCAUCAGACACGGACACGUAUGUGUGGAGCGACGGCGAUGAGAUCCAGGCAACUCAAGUGUUUGAAGAUGUCCAUGACGACGCUGAGGACGACGCAGACGAUGAGACCGAGUGGCAGGGCGACCCUACUGCGUUGGCACCACGGACCCUUGGCACAGAUGACGACCAUGGCCUCGAUAUCGAUGGCGGCCGCCAUGACGAUGACGACGACGAGAUAACAGAACUCGCCCCGUACGAUCGCUCGGUUCCUGCUCCGACGCUGGAGAGCAAGACGCCGGCUGUCUCGGCCCAAGGCAUGACCAGCGGCAAAGCGGCUCAGCGCUUGUCUGUGUCCAGAUCCAAGUCCGACGCCGAAAGCUCGGUGCCACCGACGCCAGUCGCGCCCGACUCGCAUCCCGAGCGGCUUGACAUUGUCGAAGAGUCGAUCGAUGACGUGCAAGCAACGCUCAGCGAUGCGUACUCGCCAGAGUCGGCGCCCAAGCCCAAGCCGUUCCUGGUUCGGCGGCUCAAGGACGAGUUUGUGUCGACAGACAAGAAGUCCCAAGCCUCUCCGUCGUUCGACUUUGCCGACAGCCAGUCGUCGGACGCACCGUCGCUCCAUCGCCGAUUUGAUUUUUUGAACGACGCGUCCCAGUCGCAGCCCGAGACGCCGUUUAGUCCGCCAGACCUCGGCGCGAUUGCCACCAAUGCCCUCCAUGCAGGCUUGCACGUCGCCAACUACGUCUCGCCGUACCACCGGGUGCGGCCACCGGUGCCACGUCCACCGACGUUUGUAGACGCGGUGCUCCACCAAGCGGCCCGUCCAUCAACGACGCCGACGUCGGUGUCGCCACCGCCGUGCAAGAAACCGUCGUCCAAGCGACGCAUACGUACAAGCACGCCAUCGACGACACCGCUCAAGACACCGGCAGCAACGCCGGUGGCAACCCCCGAGUCGGCGCGAAAGCGGCUCAAGACGUCGACGCCGUCGCCCGUGCCCGUGCACGAGACCAAGAGGGCGUAUCCGUCCCGCAACACCAAGCUCUUCAACAAGCGGUAUCACUUUUUCAUCUCGGGGUUUGAAGUGCCAGCGUCCAAGCAGCUCCAGAACCAGAUUCGGGCGUACGGCGGCAAAGUCGAGUCGAAGCCCGAAGCCAUGCUGGACCUCGAAAACAAAUGCUUUGUCAUUGCGACGCCCGAGGCCAGCCGCCGUCUCAAGUUUCACUAUGCACUCGUGUGCCGCGUCCCGAUCGUGCACCCCGAUUGGCUCGCGGCGUGUUUUCAGACACAGUCGAUCGUCGACGUUGCAGGGUACUGGAUACCGGCGGGACUCUCGUGGACGCUCAAGCGCAGUCCCGUGCGUGCGCCUCAACACAACUCCAAGCUCUUUAGCACGCUGCGAUUCGGCAUCCCGUACGACGUCUCGUUCCAGGACCGCGACAGUAUUCAAGGCUUGACCGACGCCGCCGUCUUCAUCCUCGACGGCUGUGGUGCGCGUGGGAUCGUUAAGGGCAUCAAGCAAGCGGCGAUCAAGGCCGGCAAGAUCGACGUGCUCGUUUCCAACGAGCAGACUUAUUUGUGUUCACUUGCCAAUGACUACGACAUUCCGGUCGUACGCUUUGCGUGGAUCUACGAGUGCAUCAUCUUGCAGCGAGUGGUUGAGUUUGAGCACGCCCACUUUACCCCCGAUCGGUUCAACAACGACGGCAAGCUCGUGUCCAAAGCCAUGGAAGUGAGUCUUUCGAAUGAAAAAAAAACCAAAAUCGCGGUUGGUGAAAUGCUUCUCGUCGACACGACCGCGUCGACCAAGACGCACCAUUUACGCUAUCAAGUUUGCCAAGUGAUGCGCAUCGAAUACGACGCCGACGAUGCGAUCGCCAUCAAAGUACAGCUGUACAGACGCACGCGCGACCAAGCCCAGGGCCUUGUCUGCGUUCGAAAAGUGUUUUCGAUCGAGCCCGACAUGAUCAAGCGCAAAGCGUGCCUGGUCACCUUGGAAGACUACACCAAGCUCACGUACAAGGACCCGACGAUCUUUUACCUCGAGCCGUCGACCGCUGAUGCUCUAUAGCGUGAACAAACUCGUUUCUCUGUCCAUAGC